GAUCAACUGUAUCAGGCAUUAAUCAUCUCCAAUAUUUCUUCCGAAUGAGUUAGUCAUUCCUCCCAAUCUUGAGCUUCAUUAGCCAAGUGAACCGCACAGUUUAGAUUUCCUUACCAGUAACCUUUCAAUUUUGUGUCUGUCCUGUCCACUCCUGUCAUUCUAUGUAACAGCUGUGUAAGCAUGUUUUCUUGUCCAUGUUAGUGAAUUCUCAUCACAAAUGGCUCUUUAUAAUGCGCAGAUCUUUAUUACUCCAUUUAUAUACAUUCUGGUCUGUUGGCUGCUUCUAGGCUGCAUCACUCUGAGUUUUUGUCAUGAAACUGAUAUUCUUUGCUUAAAAUCUAUUAAAGAAUCCAUCAAAGACCCUUUGAAUUCCUUUAGUGGCUCCUGGAUCUUUGACAACAUAACAGAAGGGUUCAUCUGCAGAUUUAAUGGGGUGGAGUGCUGGCAGUUGGAUGAGAAUGUGGUCCUUAAUAUCAGACUUUCAAACAUGAGCCUUCAGGGCGAGUUUCCUCGCGGAAUUGACAAGUGCACAAGCUUAACAGGUUUAGACCUUUCAGGGAAUGAGUUCUAUGGAUCAAUUCCAUCUGAUAUUGAUAAAAUGCUACCCUAUGGCACAUCCCUCGAUCUCUCCUCAAACAAUUUCUCUGGAGAAAUUCCAUCUAGUAUUGCUAAUAUGACGCAUCUCAACAUCGUUCUACUCAACAACAACCGGCUAGAAGGUCAAAUCCCGCCUCAAAUUACCUCGCUUUCCCGACUCAAAUCCUUCAGUGUAGCUAACAAUCUGUUGUCAGGGCCUUUGCCUAACUUUGUCGUCGAUGUAACGUUUUCCUAUGAAAACAACAAAGGCCUCUGUGGGGAACCUCUGAGUCGUUGCAGACGAUCACUCAUGUCAUUCAAGAGUGGAUUUGUCAUUGGUUACUCAGUUUCUGUAGUUUCCUUUAUAGUAGUUUUUGUUUCCUAUUUUAUGCCUUGGUUGGAUGUGAAGAAGGGAAAUCGGAAGAUAACAAUCAAAGAGAUGAUCCUAUUGAUGAUGAGGAAGGAAAAAAGGAGAAGAAAAGCUACUCUGGAGAUGAAAUCAGCAACUUCUUCUGAGUCGAGCAAUGAGAUUUCUAAGUGGGAGAAAUUCGUUCCCAGGAUGAGUUUUAUUGAGCUGAGCAAUGCAACUGACAAUUUUAGCCAAAACAGUAUAAUCGGGGUUGGAAAACAGGGUACAGUGUACAAAGCGACCCUCCCAAAUGGUUGGUUUAUUGCGCUCAAGAGAUUUCAUGACCCUCAACGCUACGAUGAAGAUUUUAAAUCUGAGCUGCAGAUGCUUGGUCAAUUGAGACAUAACAACUUGGUUCCACUGUUGGGAUUCUCUGUAGAAUCAAACGAAAGACUUUUGGUGUACAAGUAUAUGUCAAAUGGAAAUCUUUACGAUUGGCUACAUUCGGGAGAAGGUGAGGCAAAGAGUGCUCUGGAGUGGCCUUUAAGGUUUAAAAUUGCAAUUGGAUUAGCAAGAGGCUUGGCUUGGCUCCACCACAACAACAGCAGUGUCCAUCUAGUCAAUCUCCAACUAAACUCCAAGUCUGUUCUACUUGAUCAUAAUUUUGAGCCGAAGAUAUCGAAUUUCAGAAGUGCAGUGGAGAUGCAAACGAGCGAACCCGAUUCAACCUCAAGUUCUAUGCUGAUCUGGGAACUGGAUUUUAUGAAGUGCGAUGUCCAUGGCUUUGGAAUUAUGAUUCUUGAGCUGAUUACAGGCAAAGAUGGGAUAUCUGUUGGGACUAAAUAUGAUGACUGUGAUAAUCAACUGUCAAGUAACUCUUUCGAUGCCUGUGAUGCCAUUGAUAGGUCUCUGAUUGGUAAGGGAUUUGAUGCAGAGAUUUCUCAGUCUAUGAAAGUUGCGUAUGACUGCGUUCAGCCCGUCCUACAUCAAAAGCCAACAAUGCUUGAAGUUUAUAACAAGUUGAUGGCUGUCCGGGAGGAACAUGGCCCGACAUAUGAUUCUGAGAUCACUGCCGCUAAUGUUGAAUUGGAAAGAGUCUAGGUCUGAAUCACAUUGGCAUAAUGUAUUGUGACAUACUGUUCUUUUUGAGAAAUGAUAUUGCAUUCUCCAGUUUCAUGCGUAUUUUCCUUGUAAAAUUCGGUCUGAGGAACCAUGUAACUAAAAUCAUGUGAAAGGAUUGAAGAAAAAUGGAUCAUCAACUCAGGUUCUUCCUUGAAAAAUAAAAAAGUACUACUCAUC